AUGGUGAUGGUUUCAGAAGAAGAAGACGACUCUGAUGAUGAAAUACUGAUCAAGAAGACUCCAACUUCUAUUACCAAGGCAACCAGAUCUGCAAGCAAGAAGGAUGCAAAGAAGAGAAGCAAGAAGAAUGAGGAUCCAAUGAACAAGACACCCAAGACCUACAAAAGCUCUCAGGUACAAAUUCCUGAGAAGAAGAAAAAGAAAGAAAAGAAGAUUGAACCCUCUCUAGGAAGAAAAAGAAAGCAUGAGUCAGAUCCUGAUUCUGAGCCAGAUGUCAGACAAGAUGUUCCAGACAUCUCGACCACAGCCAGAAAAAGAAUGAAAGGUAAGAGGAUUCCUGUUAAUGUUCCUGAUGCUCCUAUGGACAAUGUGUCCUUUCAUUUUCCAGACUCUGCUCAGAGAUGGAAGUAUGUGGUUCAAAGGAGGCUUGCAAUUGAAAGGGAACUACAUGAAGAUGCCUUGGAACUCAAGGAAAUCAUGGAGGUUAUCUCUAUUGUUGGCUUGAUGAAGAUUGUCAAGGAUCUUGGCAGAUGUUUUGACAAGCUUGUUAGGGAUUUCAUUGUGAACAUCCCUGCUGAUUGUGAUGAUGCUUCCAGUGCUGAGUACAGGAAGAAGCCCUGUUGCUGUGGCUUAGGGGAGCCUGAUUUGAAUAGGGUUGCUACAACCUUUACUGGGAAGUUGGUCAGGAAGUGGCCUAAGAAGGGAUUGCUUCCAUCUGGGAAGCUUACUGCCAAAUAUGUUGUCCUCUAUAAGAUUGAGAUCAUUGCACAUCAACAACCUACUAUUGUGAGGGCUGAUGAGUCUCAAGGUAAGAAGCCCCUGCCUCUCAAGUUUGAUUACCGGUUGUUUACUAGGACACAUGUUCCAGACAUUGUGCUCUAUGCAGCAAAGGGAACUGCCAGUGCUAGUGGCACUAAGGCAGUUGGUUCUAGCAAGGAAGACAUCUUGGCUGAGUUGAAGGCUGUCUCCAAGUCUCUUGGUGACACUAUUCAGGCUUGCAAGGUCAGAAAAUUCAAUGUUGAUCAAUUCAUCCAGGCUAUGUUAGAUGUUGCAACUGUUGUUGCUGAGGAAGAAAGUGAAGAAGAGGAAGCUGAGCUUCUUGCUACUGUGCAGUUGUGUGUUCUAUUCAAACAACAUCUUGUUGUUUGUGAUAGUUGA